GUUUGACUCCAAUAUUCCGAUGGAACUCGUGGAAACCGCGGACGGGGUCGCGUAUGCAUGGAUGGUUGUGGCAGGAGCGACGUUCGUCAUGCUCCAGUUUGUCACGGCGCCGUUUGGACGCCAUACAGUCAGCGGAUGGGGCCCGGCGUUGAACAACCGUCUGGGCUGGUUCAUCAUGGAGGUUCCAUCCAUGCUGGUCAUGGCAGGGGUGUGGCUGGCAAACUCUGCGACGAUGACUGGUCAUGCCUGGCUCCCUUUUGCCCUCUGGGUGGGUCAUUACUGGAAUCGGUCGGUAGUGUACCCUCUUCGGAUCAAACCAACUCCCAAGCGCAUGCCCUUGGCCAUCGUGGCGUCUGCAGUUGGAUUCAAUCUCGUCAACGCGCCGUUGAAUGCCACGUACUUGGUGGCGAAUGCCGCAUCGUACACCACCGCAUGGCUCCUUCACCCGCGGACGCUGUUGGGACUUGCCCUCUUCUUCGUCGGAAUGACCAUCAACAUUAUCGCGGACAACCGCCUGAUUGCCCUUCGGACAAACGGCUCCACGGGCUAUUCCAUCCCUCGCGGCUUCCUCUUUGAGUACGUCACGUGCGCCAACUUCCUUGGAGAAUGCGUACAAUGGACGGGAUUUGCCCUUGCUAUGUGGAACGCCGGUGCUUUGUCGUUUAUGGUGUGGACUUGGGCGAACUUGGUGCCCCGCGCGGCAAGCCACCAUGCGUGGUAUGUGAGCAAAUUCAAAGACUACCCGAAGAAUCGCUUCCGCAUCAUUCCGUUCGUGUAUUGAAAAUGACAAGGUGGUGAAGCUUCGAAUAACACUGAAAAUGAGGUCAAGCAAGAUACAUAUGAGCCAAACGAUAAUUUUUCCAGCGGGGAGGGUGGUGUUGAAAAACACCAGAUAUUGAGUGAAGACACAAGGCCUCCUUGUGACAAGUCACCCGAUUGUUUAAGCAGACGAGGUGAACUUGGUCACGGCCUUCGUGCCUUCAGAUACGGCAUGCUUGGCCAGUUCACCAGGAAGCAUAAGGCGCACUGCGGUUUGGAUUUCGCGGGACGACAAAGUAGACUUCUUGUUGUAGCGGCUCAACUUGCCGGCUUCCGACGCAAUGCGUUCGAAGAUAUCGUUGAUGAACGAGUUCAUAAUGGACAUGCCGCGCUUGGAGAUACCGGUUUCAGGGUGAACUUGCUUCAACACCUUGUAGAUGUAGGUCGAGUACGACUCAAUGCGCUUGGUCUUGCGGUUCUUGCCCUUUUCGCCGGCCUUCUUCGGGGCUUUCGCGGACUUUUUGCUGGGGGUUUUGGCCAUCUUGACGGGUUCAAGUCG